AUGAACAACAGCCUAUGGUUUACUUCUGCACUUACCUUAUUUAUAGAAAUAGUAACGGGAACUGUAGGAAAUGGAUUCAUAGCACUGGUGAAUAUCAUUGACUGGGUCAAGAGAGGAAGGAUCUCUUCAGUAGAUCAGAUCCUCACUGCUUUAGCCUUUUCCAGACUCAGUUUUUUGUUGUCCAUGCUCAUUUUUAUGUUGAUAUUCAUACUGUGCCCACAUUUGUUUAUGGCUUUAGAAAUGCUUAUAGUGACUGAAAUUGUUUGGACAGUGAAUAACCACUUAAGCAACUGGCUUUCUACAUGCCUCAGUGUCUUUUAUUUUCUCAAGGUAGCAAAUUUUUCUAACACAUUUUUUCUUUACCUAAAGUGGAGAGCUAAAAAAGUGGUUUUAGUGACAUUACUGUUAUCUCUGAUCCUUUUGCUUUUAAAUAUUGUAGUUACACUGGCAUGUAUUCACUUAUGGAUUAAUUCAUCUGAAGGAAUCAUGUUUUAUAGUUUGAGGAAUUUGACACUACUUUCCAGAGCUCUUUUAUUCACCAACUCAUCGCAUGUUUUCUUACCCACAGCCUCAGUGUUCAUGUUCAUCCCAUUCACUGUGUCCCUGGUAGCUUUUAUCCUGCUCAUCUUCUCCCUGUGUAAGCAUAUUAGGAAGAUGCAGCUUAAUUCCAAAAGAUCCAGAGAUACCAGCACUAUGGCCCACACGAAAGCCUUGAAAACUGGGUUUUCCUUCUUAAUUAUAUAUGCAAUAUAUUUACUUUUUAUUGUUAUAGAAAUUUCAAGCCUUGGAUUGGUGGAGAACAUGUUGAUCAUUUUGUUUGAGUACUCUUCAGGAUUAGCUUUCCCUACAAGUCACUCAUUUGUCUUGAUUCUGGGAAACAGUAAGCUGAGACAAGCCACUCUUUCUGUGCUACAGUGGCUGAUAUGCCAUUCCAAAGAUAUGGACACCUUGGGUCCCUAA